GCAAGGCUCCAGGGUUUCGCCUCACUCGUUUUCUCUCCUGAACAGUAAAGUGAACUUGUCUGGGCACUGACCAAGGCUCCUCUGGUUCCUCCCCACCCCCCUUUCCUGCUUUUCGUUGACAUUUCUCUGCCAUUCCUUCAAGAAGUGGAAGUGCAAAAUCGCCCUCCCACCCCACCUCGUCAGCAUGAAGAGGUGCACAUCGGAUGAGCUGCAGCAGCCGGAGGAGGACUGUGUUGGGGCUGAAGAUGCCCCCAACCUGGCUGCCAUGGAUGCGAAACCUGGGGAUUGCGCUUCUGCUCUGUCAGAUUCGGGCACGGCUGUUAAUCCAAACCCUGCUCCCCAUCCUGUUCCCCGGAGCAAGCCUCCUGAUUUAAAGAAAAUACAGCAGCUGUCAGAAGGCUCCAUGUUUGGCCAUGGCCUGAAGCACCUUUUCCACAGUCGCCGCAGGUCACGGGAACGGGAGCACCAGAACUCCCAGGACUCUCUGUCGCAGCACUACGGGAUGUCUGACCAUGACUCCCCUGAUGAGAAGGAACGCUCGCCAGAGAUGCACCGUGUCUCCUACGCCAUGUCCCUCCACGACCUUCCUGUACGCCCCACUGCCUUCAACAGGGUGCUGCAGCAGAUCCGCUCCCGCCCAUCCAUCAAGAGAGGGAGCAGCUUGCACAGCGGCAGCCGCCGGAGCAAAAGCAGCUCCCUUGAUCCCCAGAAAGGCAGCCCCCAUCUGGUCCGGAAGGCUCCCCAGGAUAGCAGCCUCACAGCCAUACUGCAUCAGCACCAGGGCCGGCCAAGGUCUUCAUCUGCCACAGACACCGCCAUCUUGCUGGCUGAAAGUGGGGCUGUGUACCUCCUCCCGGAGGAGUCGGAGUGCCUCGCCGACAAGCUGGACAAAGGGGACGUGAGCACGCUUAGCCUGCCUUCCAACACCAGCCAUGGCGACGCCGACGUCAGCAACAUCUGCUUGGAUGUCCCAGAUGGCACCCCAGACCCGCACAGGACGAAAGCUGCCAUCGACCACCUGCACCAGAAAAUCCUCAAGAUCACCGAGCAGAUCAAGAUUGAGCAGGAGGCCCGGGAUGACAACGUCGCUGAGUACCUGAAGCUGGCCAACAACGCUGACAAGCAGCAGGCCUCCCGCAUCAAGCAAGUCUUUGAGAAGAAGAACCAGAAGUCGGCCCAGACCAUCGCCCAGCUCCAUAAGAAGCUCGAGCACUACCACAAGAAGCUAAAGGAGAUUGAACAGAAUGGGCUCUCCCGACAGCCCAAGGAUGUCUUCCGGGACAUGCACCAGGGCCUCAAGGAUGUGGGGGCCAACGUCCGGUCCAGCAUCAGCGGCUUCGGAGGCGGGGUAGUGGAAGGUGUCAAGGGAAGCCUGUCGGGUUUGUCCCAGGCCACCCAUACGGCUGUGGUCUCCAAGCCCCGGGAGUUCGCCAGCCUGAUCCGGAACAAGUUUGGCAGCGCCGACAACAUCGCCCACCUGAAGGACACUCUGGAUGACGGGCACCCCGAGGAGGCCUCGAGGACUCUGAGCGGCAGUGCCACCCUGGUGUCCAGCCCCAAGUACGGCAGUGACGACGAGUGCUCCAGCGCCACCUCAGGAUCUGCGGCAGGCAGCAACUCAGGGGCAGGGCCCGGCGGCUUGGGGAGCCCCAAGUCCAAUACCCUGGACAGUCACCACAAUAACUUUGACACCAUCCUGGAGGAGCUCCGGGAGAUUAAGGACAGUCAGUCGCACCUGGAGGACUCGAUGGAGGAUCUCAAAGCGCAGCUGCAGAGGGACUAUACCUACAUGACGCAGUGCUUGCAAGAGGAGCGGUACAGAUACGAGCGCCUGGAAGAGCAGCUGAAUGACCUGACGGAGCUCCACCAGAAUGAAAUGACCAACCUAAAGCAAGAGCUAGCCAGCAUGGAGGAGAAGGUGGCCUAUCAGUCCUAUGAGAGGGCCAGGGACAUCCAGGAAGCGGUAGAGUCGUGCCUCACCCGCGUCACCAAGCUGGAGCUCCAGCAGCAGCAGCAGCAGGUGGUGCAGCUGGAAGGGGUGGAGAACGCCAAUGCCCGGGCCCUGCUGGGCAAAUUCAUCAACGUCAUCCUGGCCCUCAUGGCGGUGCUGCUCGUCUUCGUCUCCACCAUCGCCAACUUCAUCACGCCCCUCAUGAAGACCCGCAUGCGGAUCCUCAGCACUGCCCUGCUGUUCCUCUUCCUCCUCUUCCUCUGGAAGCACUGGGACUCCAUCACUUAUUUCCUGGAGCAUGUGUUGCUCCCCAGCUGAUUCCCUGGGGCAGCAUUCCAUUUUCCUACUGAGAAAACAGGAAAGGGAUGGGGGAGAAACUGGAGCCUUCCAUAAAAUGUCUUCAUUCAUUCAGUUCAGUCUGGUUUCCCACCCCCUGCACCCAUCCGUAUUCACAUCCAGCAUCCUCAUUGUGGCCAGCAGCGUGGGCUGUUGAGCCACGAUUGUUCACUCCUCCGUGAAGCCCUGGAAGGUGAGGAUGGGGAGAGCGAUGGAGAAUUUGGAAGAAACCUGUAACUGACAUGUUUGUUUGUUUUUUUAAAAUGACAUGAUCGUGAUAGUCUCUGGGCACAAGGCUUUCUUUACAUGCCAGCCACCACCGGGACUGUAAUUUAAAAGCUUUGUAUCCAGAGCAGAGUUUGCCUUCGAACCCAGCCACUGGGAAACUUUCUCUAGAGAGAGGAGAGGUUUUUUCUUAAAGACAAGGCUGGCGAAAAGCUCCUACCUGGGAUGCAAUAAAGAAAUCAAUAGCAAGAGGAAGAAGUGGAGCUCAAGUGAAUAUUCUAAUGUUUCUGCUCCCAGGAGAGCUUGCAUAUUUGAUGAAGCAGAAUGUACACAUCACACCAGCUUCUCCAGACCAGAUGCACUUGCAUUCCCAUUGUUACCAAACAGCUGACAAGUCAGAUGCAGAAUUGGGGUUGCUAUUUAUUUAUUAGGAUGGCGUCCUUUGCACAGCUGAUCAUUGGCGUGUGGCCAGCGGAUACCAGUUCGGGUUCCGAUCAGAAAACUCGUACACUUCUGGCACAGGUGAAACACAUUGUGUUGGCUUUUGUUUUUUUCUCCUUUGGCUUUCGUUUGAUCUCUUCAGGGACACGUGGACCUUCCAACAUCGCACCUAUGAAAUUUACGAUCUACACAAAGUGUUGUGCGCAUGUUUUAAUUUAUUUCGAGGUUCUGUUUCCAUUUGUGAAUCGAGCGUGGGGGUAAAACGCAGCUGCUAUCACAGCCUCCGUGUCUCUAAAGAA